GCGAUAGACGUUGCAAUGUCGUUCAAGGGCACUGGCUCAUCCAUAUACAUGUUGGCUCCUGAGCUGUGGCGCAGUGUCAUAUUCCAUUUUUAUUGUUCGAUUGCCUGUCCGGACGGAUUGAACUGGGUCACCUCAGAGUGCAGAGCUGCCAAGAUGAUGCAGUGUCUUCAGUUCCUUGUUGAGCCUGCUAAGAACAUCACAGUCAAGUUUAAGGAAUCUCGCCAGAAAGCAAAAAAUGAGAAGCGAGAGCUCCUGGACGACAACCAGCAGUUCAUUGUAUGCCUGGCCAAAGACCUGAGCAGAGUGUGCCAGAGGUCGGAAGUGCUGGAGCACAUUGCCAGCUCUGAAGAUAUCUGGCCCUCAGUCACCUGCAGGGCUGUCAUACUGGAGUGGGCCUCCAUGCUGGAGAGCAAGGAAAGGCCAGUGCAGACUGAUGGCUGGCCAGAGAAGGGUGACUGGAAGGAGCUGGCUCUGAGCAGCGAGCAAAAUGUUGAGAGCGCAAAGACGCUCAUCUUUAACUGGACCAAGGACCUGAGGGCACAGCCAGAGCAGAGUGUGUGGCCAGGGGAGCAGGUGGUGGCAGCACUGGAGGAUCUGGAGAAGCAGUGGAGACGAGGUCACUUGGCCACUCUGCAGUCUGCCAUGGAGCUGGUCUUCUGGGCCCUACUUUUGAAAGAGCUGAACAAGGAGUACAUUCCCCAGCAGUGGCUCAUUUGGAAGCAGAAGAGUCAGAAAAUAGGUGCAAUUCCUUACAUUCCUCAAAGUGUAUGGGACUGGAUCUCCAAGGCUGCAGUGGAGGUGACCCUGGACCUGGACACUGCCAACCCGGACCUGCUGAUCUCAGAUGACGAGAAACGCAUGCGCUGUGGCACUGACCGCCAAGAUGUUCCCAACUACCACCAGCGCUUCGAUGGCUGGUGGUGCGCGGUGGCGGCAGACGGUUUCAGCUCGGGCCGCCGCUACUGGGAGGCGGACGUGGGAGAAAUGGAUUGGCGCCUGGGUGUGGCCAAGGAAUCGGCACUGCGAAAGGGCUUCAAGUCCCUCAAUACACAUACAGGCUACUUGACCCUGCGACUGGAGAGAGGCUCCGAGCUCAAGGCUCUGACCGUGCCCUUCACAGCCCUGCCUGCCAGCCUCAUCCCCCGCAGGGUGGCCAUCCACCUGGAUUACGACAAGGGCCAGCUGUCCUUCUACAAUGCAGAGAGCCACGCCCAUAUCUACACGUACAACGAGAGCUUCGACGAGAAACUCUUCCCCCUCUUCGGCACAGUGGAGAUGGCAAAGGACCUUAUUAUCCGGUCGCCGGGUGAUAGGAGCCAAUGCCUGUGUCCAGGCAUGUGUUUGUGGGGCUGAGGGUGUCCUUGAUUUGAGCCAGACCCAUGGCUUUAGCUCAUCACAGCACUCCUUAUAUUAAUUAGAUCACUGGUAAUAACAGUCUUCUAGGGAAUGACAAAUCCAUAGCUCUGUGAACACCAGCUCUUGAGCACCCAGUUUGGUUACAGGCUACCAUUGCUGCUGCUUCUGUUGUAUUUACUGUACUGCUGCUUGCUGUAUGCACCUUAUUAGAAAGCAGCCUGCUUACCUUCUUGUCCAUCUAACAAGUUUGUUUAUAUGGUAAAUGGAGGUGUACAUGUGGUGUGGGACAGUAAUCCUGCCAUGAUACUUUGUGAAUAGUGAAUCUGAAUAAAUUCACUUAUGUUGGAAAUUCA